AUGGGUUACUUGCGGCUACUCCUGUUCCUGCCCCUAUCCCUGGCAGCCUUCCAUGGGGUCAAAGGCUGUUUGGAGUGUGACCCCAAAUUCAUGAAGGAUGUUAAGUCUUUGCUGGAAAAGCUGUUACCCUCAGAAGUCCCUGGUCGAGUUCAACUGCUUGAAAGGCAGAUUAAAGAGACAAUCCGUUUAAGCUUCAGGGUCUCCCACGGGAACAAGAGGCUUCGGGUGUUGGCUGUUAGAAAGGUAGUCAAGUUGAGAAUGUGGGUGAAGAAUGAAUUAAAUAAACUGGGCAGCGAAACCUGGAAAGGUGUCUUUAUCCUUCAAGGCAAGCUUCUCAAUUUCCGCCAAAACCUGGAAUCCAAACUGAAAGAAGUAUUAAAGAGCUUCUCUGAAGUUGCUUGUUCUGAAGAUUGCAUUGUGACUGAAGGGCCUGUCCUUGAUUGCUGGACCUGUCUUCGCAUCAAUGCCCAGUGUUUCAGAGGAGAAUAUUGUGGAGACAAGGAUUCAAAAAAGGCUGAGAAUCAAGAGAUUGCGCUAUUUCUGACAUUGCUGGCAGAAGCUGUAAUAUUGGGAAGUGCUGUGUUACUAUUCCAUAUUUGUAUAUCCCAUCGGAGGAAAAUGAAGGCAAUACGAAUGUCACUAAAGAAAUAUUUGGAGAAGAAACUUGAAGAAUUGAUGGGGAUAAUAGAUGAGAACGAGGAGAAAAAACAUUUUGGACACAGAAAAUAUAGACAUAGACACAGACAUGUGGUCUUCCACAAUUCUCCUAAGUACUGA